AUGACUGACACUUAAACACAGCAUUAUAUCUUACAGUGUGUUAAUGUAUGAAACUCUAUAUGUGUAUAUAUAUAUAGUUGUGAUGCCUCGUCAAACUAAUUGUCCAUUUAAACAUACGCUCUUUGCCAAAAUGUCUUGUUAUCUGCAAAUAAAAAAACAUUUUCUAUCCAAACAACUAAAUGAUAAGACUUGGAUAGUUUAACCAAGAAUAUUAUAGUGGUUUAUUUAUGUACUCAAAUCAUAGAGGCGCAUUUUGUACUAUCUACCAUAUCUUACGAUCUCCAUCUUCUCGAACUCUUAGUGGCCAUGACAUGAUCCUUAUUUUUUUCAAAAACCUACUUGAAUAAUCAAAGCCAUCUCUUCUACGAAACUGUGUAGUUAUUAUUCGCCCCAGUACAUUUUAUUCCGCGUUCAAUGGUCAUCUUCCACUGAUUAGCCCUUACGAAAAUGGUGGUUUCUCCUAUCCAGUCACUAGCGUCUGAUUUUAUCAAGUAGUACUCCUUCUCAGGUUAAAAAACAUGCCCAUUGCCCAUCUUUGAGUAAAUUAGAGAUGUGAUUGGUUUAUGCACAUCCAUAGUUCUAUUUGCCAUGCAUCACCGCACCUAAUCCAUUACGCAUUCACACAAGGCAUUGAAUUAAUUUCGAAGACAAUGGCAUUUUUGACCACGAGAUUUUUACAAUCUGUGCGUUGCUUCGUGACUCCUCUAGCUUAAAAAAGGAAGAUAUAUAUACGCGUGAUCAAGUGCGGAAGAGGAUAUUUUACAGCGAUGACGAAGUUGUCAGCCGCAAUGAAUGCCAUUCAGAUGGAGCUAGCCUGCAUUCCCCUGAAGAGGAGGCGUUGGCGGAACAGCUGGAUUGUGUCCUCGACACAGAUGUCCCUGCAGGAGGCACAUCUGGCUUUACCUCUCCCCAACUACCCAGUCAUUCCUAUGAGACUCCCAUGGGUUCAUCUGACCUCUCCCCUCUCCCAACGCCUCUCAGCUCUUCUGACCUGCCAAGUCCCUCAAGCCUUACUCCAAGGAAGAAAAGGACCAGAAAUGUGAGUGUGAGCCCAUCCAAGAGGAGUGCAGCCACACCUUUAAAGAGGAGCACACCCACACCGUCAAAGAGGAGCACACCCACACCGUCAAAGAGGAGCACACCUUCAAAGAGGAGCACAUCUGCCCCAUUGGAGGAUAGAUGGCAUGAUGCGUCUGAGGAGGAUCUGAGCCCCCCACAGUUUCCAUUCUGCCCUAAGAGGACGCCUGGAGCUCAGCUUGAUUUCCAGAAGACAUACAGCCCCUUGGAAAUUUUCAAGCUGUUUUUCACACCUGUUGUCCUUCAAACGCUGUGCACCAACACCAACAAAUUUGCUGCCCAGAAGCGUGCGGAGGGUGGAAGGGGGCGUUGGACGGACGUGACGCCAGAUGAGAUGCUCAACUUCUUGAGCCUUGUGGUGUAUAACGGUCUGGUCAAGGUGUCAGCUCAAAGGGACCUGUGGAAGAAGACUCCCCUUUUCAGGUUUCCCUUUCCUUCCGAGGUCAUGCCAGGCUACAGGCAUGCGGCCAUAAAUGCAAAUUUACAUAUGUGUGACCCAGCUGCUGGAGUGGUGAAUGACCAGCUCCGUGGUAAGCCUGGGCAUGACGGGCUUUUCCGCCUGAGGCCUCUUCUUGAUGACCUCCUCAAUGCCUGCAGGGCACACUACCACCCACACAAAAACCUGUCAGUUGAUGAGCGCAUGGUAGCCACAAAAGCCAAUAAUAGGAUGAAGCAGUAUAUGAAGGCCAAGCCCACGAAAUGGGGUUACAAGCUAUUUGUCCUGGCCGACAGCCAAAAUGGUUACACAUGCAACUUCUCAAUUUACCAGGGAAAGUCGCAGCAUCCGAGUGGCAAUGGGCUGAGCUUUGACGCAGUUGUCGACUUACUCAAGGUGCCCUAUCUUGGCACAGGGUUCCAUGUGUAUGUUGACAACUUCUACACCAGCCCCAAGCUUUUCACCCAUCUCCACCAGCUGCGCUUUGGGGCAUGUGGGACCUUGCGGGAGAACCGCGUGGGGUUUCCACGCACAACGGAGAAUGCGUUGACCAAGAAAGCUGCUAAAGGGGAACUGCGCUGGAUUCGUGAGGGCCCCCUGAUUUUUGUGAAGUGGAAGGACGCGCGUGACGUCAUCAUGUGCUCCAGUAUCCACAAAGCCUUCAGUAGGGAGUGUGUAAUGCGGCGUGUCCGGCGCCCUGAUGGAUUCUGGUCCAAGGAGGAGAUUCCUGUGCCUGAACCGGUCACAGAGUACAACAAGUACAUGGGGGGGGUGGACCUCUCUGAUGCCCUCAUCAAGUACUUCACCGUGCACCGGAAGACGUUCCAGUGGACCACAAAGCUGUUUCUGCACUUUGUAGAUAUCGCGGUGGUAAACAGCUUCAUUAUCUUCAAGGAGAUGGCAGAGGCGAAGAAGCAGAAGUCCCUCACCCAGAAGGGCUUCAGGACGGUUCUGUGUGAGCAGCUGGCUCAAGUUGGGAUGGGGAAGGCAUCCACCUCCAAGGCGGAAGAAGUUGUCAUUGCUCCAAAGCCAGAGCCCAAGCCUUUUACCUGUUACCCGGGCCUCGUCUGUGAGCUCUCUGAUGACCCCUUUCUCUCUGCCUCCAAGGGGAGGAGGAAGUGUCGACGAUGCAAGAGCUCCACCAUUUACAAGUGUGAGGCUUGUGAUGUGCCUCUCUGCAUAAUUCCGCGUCGGAUGUGCUUCACAGAGUGGCAUAAAGACAAGCUCAGUCAACCUGACUGAUUUUAUUUUACGAAAGACUGAGACCACUGGACCAAACAUCAGGACAGGCUACCUCAUUCUAAGUGCAAAACCACGAAAAACAUGCAUGAUGAUGUACUUCUAUAUGGAUUUGGAUAGGUUUUUGAGUAUAUUAUGGAGAGGCUAUAGACCAUUGUUGGUAAAACUGGAAUUUGUCCAUUGUGUUUUACUUUAAUCAGGAACUUGCGACCAAGUCCUCCGACCUACACUGCACUGCACUGCAACUGCGACAUCACAGCUAUGACGACUCAUCUACGGAGACUUUCUACCUCAUCAACAUCGGAUCCGCCGGCACGUUCCCGUUCCCUGAGAAUUUAGCUACUGUUUUACCUUUGCCACUGUUCAUGUACUUGAUCUGUUUUGUUCACUGAACAUAACUCGUGAUAUAUUUUCAUGGUUGCUUGGUAGUUGGCUUCGCCACACCAUGCAAGGGUUAUUGUUAGUAUUGCUUCUCAGAGACAUAUGGUCUGGCAUGCAAUGCUAACCAUUUCCCUCUCCUAAUUUUGCACCAUAAUUGCACAGAUUACACCUUCAUUGGCCUUCAUAUAGCCAAACACGCGAAGGGAACACUCAAACCUCGUGUUUCACAUAGGCUCGUCCUUUGUUUACAUCACAUUUAUGUUCACAAACGUGCACACACAUGCAUGCGGAACUACGGUGACUGAACAAAGGAGCGCACACUCGAGCACGCAAGCUCACACACACAUACUACCUCUCUUUCACUCACACACACACUCUCCUUCAAUUCAUUAGUUAGUUACAUUUAGUUAGAUUAUAUAUAUUUUUUUUAUUUCUGAUCAUUGUGUUAAUAAAAGCUUUGAUUUAUAUACGCUGGUCUAUUUAAAUGUCAAACAAGAAUGGGUGAUGCCAACCUCUUCUGUUAAUAACUCCUUCAACCUCGCUAUUAAUUAGGUAACUUUGGUUGUAGUUAUUAAUUUAAUUAUUAAUCAGAGUUCCAAAAUGAAUAGUUUAGUAUAUUUGAUGAGACUGAUACAUUACAUUGAGAGUAAUUUGUGAUUGAUCUUUAUCUUGACCACUGUGGAGGACAGAACACUUUGUGUGGCGCCCCCCUAUAUGUUCAACCUAAUUUAUCUGCCUUUGUGUUGAAUGGUUGAUGCCUUUCCAAUCGGUUGAGAUUACCAACAUAUUGGUGCUGUUGUCAGGAUAGUAGCAAUGUUGUCUUGGUGGCCCUUGAGAAGACAGUUUUACUGUUUAUGCACAGUUGCACCCACAUUUAUGUGGUGGCUGCUCACAAGGUAAGGUACCUACAUUCUUUGGUGCUCCCUUGUGAGGAUGGUACCCAUUGUACCUACACCAUCAUAGAUACUCUCAAGACCAUUUAUUACACUGAAAUGAAUUCAAAAUGGUUUGCUGUAGUACAGAUUUUGGAUAGGUGACGAGACACUUGGAAAUGGAAAUGGUGGUGUGCUAGGCCAUUCUGCUAUGCACAGAAAAUGUUUUCUUAUGACAAAGUUUUACUUUUUGCUGCUCUGAAAUGUAUACUAACCUUUAACUAAAUGCAGUUGAUGGCCCAAGGGUCUUCUUUAAUUUAGGCCCUGAAUGGUUAUUAUGCAAUGUGUGGAUCCAUAGAUGUUCAAGUUUUGCAUUAAACGUUAACAUAAAAAAUAGGCAGACAUUUUCAAAAAUACCCCACAAAGAGUUUUUAAUGUAUUAAAAAGAAAAAAACUGCUGUUGAUGUACAAUUACUAGAAUCAGAGGUGAUAACUCUUUCAUCCAACACACAUCAUCCAACAGCAGCACUUGUCACCUGGAAGCCUGACUUAUUUUGUAAAAUCAAUUGUGUAAUUCUUCUG